AUGGACAUUCAAUCGUGGACACCAUUUUACGACCAAGAUCAGACCAAUGAGGAUACCUUCUUUCAUGUGCCGGGAAUCUCUGGUUUGUUGUCUCCCGAAAGGAUUCUUACGACAAAUGGCGAUCGUGCCGCCGAAGACUCGGGUCCCGAUCAUGUCUGUCUCGAGGAAGUGUACUUCUUUCUAUACCGCGCGCGCACCUGCUCCACUCCAUCACAACAUCCAAGCAGCAUCAAUCCCACAAUUGAGAACCAAAAGCUGAUCCGCUACGACGGUCUCUCCAACCAACUGGUGUGGUCCGGCGUUCCGGCGGUAGUUUCGUUUCUCUGGGACCCGACAGAAUUCAUCGCGGCCAAUCCUGUUUUAAUGGGAAAGCCCGCCAAGGCCCGCGAACCACACGCCCACCAUCGAUGUCGAUGGAACGAUCUCGAGCGCGACUUGCUUGUGGUGGAGUCGUUCACCAUGAAUGCUCUCCUCGGUGACCCGUCACACACAGAGAAUGUGGUGGACAGGCGCGACCACUUUCGGAUUAAUUCUUUGGCUCGAGAGCCGCACGGCAAGGCCCUUAUUUCCGUCAGCAAGGGGAUGUUCGCAGAGGACAACAGAAUCGUGCCUGGGGUCUUUCUCCCGGGCACUAUUGAGAAAAUUCAGAUGGGCAUCGUCGAUGCGCGGCUACCGCCUCGAAAAGAGCAUCGAGAUCAUACGACGAUGUCGGAACCGUCAGGGUGGGAGAUUCGACGUACGGGAAGGCCGGGACACAUGUGA